AUGGCUCUCCUGUGGCUCCUGCUCCUGCUGGGCAUGGUGGAAUACACUCAUGGCACCCAGGACACCUGUGGAUCGACCUGUGGGCUCCGGCCCUCGCCAUCCCACGAGAGCUCCAGCGCCGACUACAGCCCCCUGGCUUUGCCUUCCGACUACCAACCUGACCUCGGCUCCAUGGGAUCCAUGGGUCCUGCCAGUGGCACAUUCUACCAGGAGGGUGGUACCCGCGUCCUGCCAGGGGCCUGGGCUGGCAUCGCCAGCAUCCAGGUCACCUGGGAAAACGGCACGUGGCACAUGUGCUCGGGGGUUCUUAUCCACCCCCUGUGGGUCAUCACUGUCGCUCACUGCUUUGCCAAGGCCAAGGACAUCUCCACGUGGAACCUGGUGGUCGGAGUCACCAACCUGGCCCAGGGGAGCCCUGAGGCUCAGGUGCGGCACAUCCAGAGGCUCCUGGUGCACCAGCACUAUGCUGCUACCCUGGCUCGGAACGACAUCGCGGUGCUGGAGCUGGACCGGCCCGUGGAGUGCGGCCGCUCCAUCCAGCUGGGCUGUCUGCCCGAGCCCUCGCUGAGCGUCUCGCAGCUCAAGCACUGCUACAUCGCAGGCUGGAGCUUCUCCACGCCCAAACGAUUUGAGUUGGAGUUGCAGGAGGCCAAGGUGCACCUGAUGGACACACAGCUGUGCAACAGCAGCCGCUGGUACGCGGGGGCCAUGCACGCCCACAACCUGUGUGCUGGGUACCCGCGGGGCAGCAUCGACACCUGCCAGGGUGACAGUGGGAGUCCUCUCAUCUGCAAGGACAGCAGAACUGAUUCCUUCUGGGUCGUGGGAUUGAGCAGCUGGGGAAAAGGCUGUACCACAACCAGGAGGCCUGGGAUCUACACCUCCACACAACACUUCUACAACUGGAUCCUCCUCCAGACAGGCCUGAGCCCACCAGAAAUAGCUGCUGUAAUGCAAGAGCCUGAGGUUACCUCGAGCCCUGAGCACAACCCAAGCCCUGAGCACAACCCGAGCCCUGAGCACAACCCGAGGCCAGAGCCAGAUGUUACCUCGAGGCCUGAACACAACCAAAAGCCAGUACCAGCUGUCAUCUCACACCCCAAGCAGGGCCCAGUGUCCUCGGGCGCAGUCAGGCCCACACCAUUCCCUUACCACAUCCUGGUGAGGUUCCUGGCCCUGCUGCAGGUGCUCCUGUAUCUCCUCAAAGAUUAA